AUGAUGCGUUCUCUGGCUCGUUGCUCUCGCAGGGCUUUCUCGACGUCUGAAUUCGCUGUGCGAGAGCACCGGCACUGGCAGAAGGCUGUCCACACUUACGAGACUGGCUGGGGAUGCUUGACACGGCAAUGUGUCCCCGCCCUCCUGGAUGCAGUGAAGUGUCAGCAAGGGUGCAGCUUAGUGGACGUUGCCACAGGCCCCGGCUUCGUCGCGGAGGCUGCGGCCAAGGCUGGCGCUGCUGUAACUGCCCUGGACUUUUCGAGAAACAUGUUGGACCUGGCCCAAGCACGACUUUCUGCCGAGAUGGCCUCGGACAAGGUGCAGUUCAUCGAAGCCGAUGCUGCGAGGAUGCCUUUAGAGGACCAGUCGGUCGAUGCUGUUGUCUGCAGCUUUGGUGUUCUCCACCUUCCAGAGCCAGAGGCUUUUUUUGCAGAAGCCUUCCGAGUCCUGCGCCCCGGCGGGCGCUUGGGCUUCACGGUCUGGGGCUACUCCUUUCUCACAGAGGCGCUUCAGUUGGUUCAUGAUGCAGUUGGGGCGCACGGCAACACGCAGGUGCCUGUGCCUCCAGCCCCGCCUUUCUUCCGCUUUGCGCAAGCAAAAGCCGCCAUGGAAACGCUCAAGCGUUUUGGGUUUGGCAAGGUCCAGUGCCAAGAAGUCCCCAUGUGCUGGGAGGUGCAUGAUGCACGGGAGACCUUUCGCACGUUUCGGGAUGGCCACGGGCAAAUCGGUGACUUGCUUGCAUUGCAGACUCCGGAACAGCUGGCCGCCAUUGAGGUGGCCAUCACAGCUGGCACAGAAGCCAAGCGGAGUGGCCCAGGUGCUUUCGGGAGGCACCAUGCUGGCGAGCGAAGCGGGACGAAUUCACAGAUUUUCGGCGACCUGCUUUGCCAUGGCGUGCGGUUCAGUUUGCUGCUGCGCACCGCGGUGCUAGCUGUUUACACGGAGGUGUUGAAGCUUCGACUGCGGCCAGCCGCCGGCAACUCCGGCAACAUUGCCGAAGGCAGUGCCAACAACAUGUGCGCGAGAGGCACCUACCGAAGCAUUCAGAAAAGGUAUCAACCAGAGACCGCCCUGGUUGAGCUGACUUGCCACACCACGACGACUGCCGGCAGUGCCAUCUCAGAGACCGGGUGGAGGGGCGAAGACUUCCUGAACACUUCACUGUAUGACGGGUUGGAGCUUCUGCGGGUUGUUUCGACAUGUUUCGACUUCGUUCUUGGCAAACAAGGGAAGCCGGACGUCCUGUCGCGCAACUGGGAAUCCUGGCUUCCUCCCGAGUCAGAAUCGGACCUGCUGCCGAAGCUGCGGAAGGAUCGCGAGUCCCUGGUUCCAGAGCUUGUGGCGCUCACUCCGCCAGGCGGCGUGCUUUGCAACCGGCAGAUCGUCGACUCGCACGCUUGGAGCUCCAAGAAGGUGUCGAAGUUUGAGCUCCAAGAGCUCUGGACGCAAGUUCUGGAGGGCCGGAAGGUCCUCGUGGUGCUGGGCAACGCUUUUCAAGUGGAGUCGCUGCAGCCAAUCCUGCGACUCGCGGCCGGCGCUGCGGUCUACUUUGUCCGCGAUGCGGAGUUGGAUGACCUCCCAGGCCUCCUCCAGAACCUCCGCAGCCUUGCCGAAGAUUUCGAUGCAGCACUCCUGUCGGUCGCCUCACCUGCGGCAGCAUUGUUGGCCGCAGGCCUCGACUGCGUGGUGCAGACCUUUGACGUGGGUGCAAUGAGGGUGUCGCCAGCACCGAGGCAGCAGCCCGUGCCAUCGCCUCUGACAACGGCAAAUGCUGGCAGCGAGGCGCCAUGGACAUCCUUUCCAAGGCCACAUCUGAAGCGACCCACAGCGUGGCGGAGCUUGAAUGGCCCGUGGGCGGUGCACAUCAGCACAAGGAAUCAGGAGACACUGCCGGUGGACUUUCAAGACGGAGUGGUCGAGGUUCCCUUUCCUGUCGAGUCGCACAGGGGUGGGCUGCAGCGCCGGAUCUCCGAGCAUGAGCUGCUGUGGCUUCGGCGAGAGGUGCAGCUGCCAUCGGGCUGGGGGAGAGUCUUGCUUCAUGUGGAUGCGUGCGACUGGGAGUGCGCCAUCUUCGUGGAUGGACAGCUGCUGGGCACUCAUCGAGGCGGCUAUGACCCAUUCACUUUCGAGUUGGCGGCUGCCAGCCACAAGGAUGCUGUGCAGCUUGUGAUCCGUGUGUGGGAUCCCACCGACAGCGGCUGCGAGUACGCCGUGGAUGAUGAUCAACCACCCCGGUGCGAUCAGUGCUGUCAGACAGGCUGGCAGCCGCGUGGGAAGCAAUCCCUCCAGCCGGGCUUCAUCAUGUACUCCGCAGCAUCGGGCCCGUGGCAAAGCAUUUGGUUGGAGGAGGCUCCUGAGGGCUGCCUCAUGGCAUCUGCAUCAGCCGAGCUUCUGGACGCAAAGCACCUCAGAUUCCAGGUUGACCUGGUAGACCCCGCGCUCUGCGGCGAGGCCACCCGCUUGCGAGUGGCGGUCUAUCUGCAAGGCGAGCUUCUUGCUGAAGGAGAAGGAGACGGCGCGUUUCAAGCCGACGUCGCUGGUGUUGAGCCCUGGGAGUUGUGGAGCCCUACACAUCCCAGGCUGCAUGUGGCCAAGCUCUCACUGUGCAGCUUGACGCGCCCAACCUGCGGCGACACCAUGGAUUUCACUUUCGCCCUGCGUGCGCUCUCGAAAACAGCCGGGCCACGCCAAGGACCUCGCGGGGAGGUCGCCCUCCUCUUAAAUGGCGAAGCCAUUCUCCAGAGUGGCGUGCUGUACCAAGCCUACUGGCCUGAGUCACUCAUCACUCCGCCCAGUGAGAAUGCGAUGCUAGAGGACUUGCGGCUGAUCAAGAGCAGCGGCUUCAACAUGGUGCGGGUUCAUGCAGCUGUGCUGCCCUCGAUGUUCUACCAUUUCUGCGAUCAGGAGGGCCUCCUCGUUUGGCAGGACUUUCCGGCCGGCGAUGGCCGCGCCCUACCGAUCUGGGAUGCGGCGCGAGGGACCCUGGAGCAGCAGGGGGAAGUGGAGCCGUUGCAGCUGGAUGAGAUCCGUCGGACAGAUGAGUCCGCGGACAACUUCUGGAAGGAGCUGCGGUCCCUGACACGCUGGCUCCGAGGCUUCGGCUGCAUUGUGUGCUGGGUGCCCUUCAAUGAGGCUUGGGGGCAGUUUCAAUCGAUGCAGGUGGUGCGAUGGCUCCGCGCCUUCGGUGGGCAGCGCUGGAUUGACAUGGCCAGUGGGUGGAACGAUGUGGGCGACCUCUUCCAAGGAGAGGAUGCGGGCGAUCUGGUCGAUGCACAUAACUACGAGAGCGCGCCGUACGACGGGCUGCAAAGUACCUUCCAGCUUUGGCCGCUGCCUCUGGCCGGACGGGCGCUGGCCCUCGGUGAGUACGGCGGCUUAGGGUUCCCGGUGGAGGACCACGAGUGGUCUCCAGAAACUUCCUGGGCUUAUGGGAAUGUGAGCUACAACGCGAAGGACUUCGCCAUCAAGCUCUUGGAUCUCGGGCACCGGCUCGAGGCGCUUCUUUGCGAGAACUGGAUCUCUGCUGUUGUCUACACCCAGUGGAACGACAUCGAAGAGGAGAUCAAUGGCCUUGUGACCUACGACCGUCUUCCGAAGCUCCCUCAGCCAGUGCUGCUGGAGUUCAGCGGGCGACUGGCGCAGCUAGCGCAGCGUGGCCGCGGCAAUGGCGCAGCCGAGUCGGCCGGACCUGAUUCCCGCGCCCGCGGUGAUGCUCGACUCAACAUUCUUGUGAUUGAAGUGGCGGCCAGAUUUGUCACAUACUGUGGGAAAGGGAAAGUGGACUUCGCGGCAGAGAUCCGCGAAGCGAUCGCGAGCGAAUUGCAGCCUUGGACCUUUGGCGAGCACGCUGGUGCACUUGGAGCAAUGUCCAGACUGUGGCCAUGUGCUUGGCUCAGGUUCGCGACCCUGAUUCGGCCGGAGAGGCACAUCUAUGAGUACACGCAGGCUGUCCCUGAUGAUCUGAACUGCACACUGUGUGGCGACGUCUUUCAGAAUCCGUCCCAGAUUCCGUGUGGGCACCACUUCUGCAGCAGCUGCAUUCGUGCUCUUCUGGCCCGAGGGACAGGCCGCGCGAAUUGCCCGCUGGAUGGCCAGAUUGUGACACGAUUCGCUGCCCUUCCUUCAGACGAGCAGCUGCUGCUGCGCCUCAGCCAACUCCGGGUGCGUUGUCCAGUGUGCAGAGAGGACAUAUGCAUUGCGGACCUGCAGCUGCAUCUCCAGGAUCCGGUCUGCAUGGUCGAAUCUGCAGAGGCGUAUCGCUCGAUCCUCCACCCUUUCUACUUGAGCUGCCCGUUGUCGAACUUCACCGUUGGAGAGUUCAAUGGAACUUCCGCCUUGAUCCGUCUUUACAGAAAGCUGGGCCCUGUUCUGCUGAAGCGCUUCGUGCUGACUACGGAGAGCUUCAUCGUGCUGCCCGACCCGAAGAUGGGCUUCCAGCCGCAGUCUGAGGAGGAUGCCGGCCUGCUUCGACGAGAAGGUGGCUACUUCAACGCCUGGUGGGUGCACCCUGCUUUCCGCCAAGAGGUGGACAAAGGGGCUUGA